AUGGUCAAAGUAUGGAAUUCCGAUCUUGCCCAGGCAGCUGAAGUUCGUAUGUGCUAUCACAUGUCCAAAGGCAGCUCGCGAGAGUUUAUGUGGCGAAAAGCCCAUCGAGCGAUUCUGGCGGUGGAAAAGGAGAUUCGACAGCUCUCCUCGGGGCGAAUCGUGAAUCUGCCAAGAAUCAAAGAAAUCACUGCAAUCCAGGAGCUCGAAGCUGUUAUUCGAGGAGAGAGACCAAUUGUGCCUCCAGAAAUGAAGCAAGCGGCUGAUGACCCACCUGAGAGGGACUUUGCUCGACAUCCCUAUCUGAAACGCAUGCAAUUCAGAGGCGGUGGAUAUGCCAUUUUGAUGGCUUUGCAUUUGAGGUCCAAAGAACACAUGGAAACAGCCCGCACAGCAGCCGCUGCAGUCCGACAGUUCAUGUACAAGGUGGAGCUGAUCCAUGCAGCUCAGCCCUUCUGCGAUGUGAGCAUGGAAGGAGGGUGGGGAAGCUCUUGUGGUUGGACUUCCAUACGCUCCUUAUUGGCUCAUCGCUUGGUGCUGGAAUCUCGGGGUCCUACACAUCGGGAGGAGUACCGGCUCACUGAAGAGGGGCAAGACUUUGUCCAGGCGAUGCUGAAGCUGUGGCCUGAAGCUGAAGGACCUGCUCCACCGGCCUCCAACCAACCAGCAGCUUCCGUCGACCCGGACCGAUCGCGCACACCUCGACCUCGGUGGCUGGCGCGGACGUUCCACGCGACGCGGGUGACGGCGGCAGCCACACCCUUUUCAGCCUUGAAGGUGUUGAGACCAGUGAGUGGUCCAGUGAGUGAGGUGAGUCCAGAGGCGUUGAGACCGAUGUGUGGUCCAGAGCCAGAGGAGUCUUCGUGCGUGAAGAUUGAGAUUUCCGACAGCGAGGAGACCGAAGAACCGAGAGCGACCGAUGCAGUGUCUCAAGGAUCUCAAUCGACCGAUGCGGUGCUUCGAAAGCCUGCGGCCCAUGCGGCUUUGCUUCUGGUCGACGACCGAGAGCGCCUCAAGGAUGCCGAGCCUCGUCGCUUCUUUGAGACGAUUGCGGCGGCGACGUCCGCAGCUCGAGAACACCUGAAGCUGGGGGACUUUGCUUGGGUGCUCGGCAGAUCUGAGGUGCUCGGCGGAUCUGACUACCUGGACUCUGAGUUGGUCGACUGCCUGCUGGAGCGAAAGCGCAUUGCAGAUUUGGUGGGCCGGUCUGCUGUGGGAGAUCAUAUGAAGCAACUUCACAGAAUGGAAGACUGUGGCUUGAAACAUGCCUUCUUUCUGCUUGAAGGCAACCCAAAUAUGGCUAGUAGCUGUCCGGUGUUCGACCAGGAUCUUCACACAGAAUCUGUCUACACCAUCCAUGGUCGGGAGGAGAUAGAUGCCUUUUGCGCACAGCUGAUCAUUCGCAACUCCAAGGUUGGAGUCUUGCAAAGCAGAGAUCCAGCAGGGACAGCUCGUUUAUUGAAGUACAUCUCUGCCUGGAUGACUUGGAAGCUGCAGACUCAAGCCUUCUCGCAUGACUUGCGGACUGGACACUCACUGCGAGAGUUUGAGAAGUUUGUUGCCCAACAGAUGAAGGAUGAGGGACGCCUAGCACUGUUGGGUGGAUCUUCUUCAUCCUCCGUUCCGGGAAGAAUGGCUGAACUGCAUGUGAGUCGAGGUCUUUUUGUACGAGUCGGUCGGCCGGCCAACACGGAGAAGGUCUCCUGGCUUGUCAGUGACAAUGGCAACAGGGGCAUCGAACACCUUGCUGCUGAGCUUUCAGUACAUGAAAAUGGUCAUCGAUCUCAACCAAUCCUGACCGUCAUCAUCAAUGCAGGCCUUCUGUUGCAAGAGAUCAACGCUGCAGCUCAAAGAGCUGCAUCACAAGCAGCGCUGAUCUCCGUGGCCGAAGCCGCGGCAGCUGCGACGGGAGUGGUGACACCGAUCAACCCCACCGAGAUGCGAACGAUGACACCGAUGUCCUUUGUAGGAUUGGUCGUUGUGGUCAUGGAUGGUCAUGUCGGCAAGCUGAGUGGAUUGCUGAAAGAUGGUGACAACGUGGUGGUGGUGCCUCCCAGGGUGCCGGCUCAUCUUCGACGAAUCAAGGCAAUCUACCACUGGAUGGCUUGGCUUCUUCGCCGUCUUGGAGCCGUGCUUUUCAUGUUCUGUCGCUUUGCCUGGAUCCUGCCUGGCACAGUGCUCCGAUACACCCUCGAUGCCUGGUACGAUCCGUGGAGUCUGGUCCGGCCUCGGGGCGAGGAGGUGCGAGGCCGCCAUCUUCGCGGCUUGGGUGUCACACCGCAGAUGCUGCGCUAUGCUCCUGGUCAAAAUCCGCAUGGUGAGGACUUAACUGCGUUGCUCUCACAGGGACUGCUUGGAAUGUAG